GCCUGGGAUCUCAUCUCCGCUGAUCCCUCCACCACCCCUGCUGCUAUCAUGUGCGACUGUUUCCACCUGGCCUUCCCCAACUGGCACGCUGCCUCCUCUGGGACGAGACCUGGACGAAGGCUGCAAGGCCCAGAGCCCGCCACAGAGGACUCAAUAUGUGAUGAGCCAUCUCAGUUCACAGAGAGUGAGAGACCACGCCCACAAGGGUCAUCCCCGGUUGAGGAGUAUCCUGAAACCGAAAAAUACAGCGACAGUGAUAAAGAGUGUGAAGCAGAGCAUGACCCACACCACAAAAGUGGGACCAGAAAGAAAACGAAAAAGUCUGGGCUUGGGUCCAUGUUUGAAAAGCGCUCGACUCCAAAAAUGAGUAAACUCAAGGAAGUUGACAGCCCUGAAUCUGGGCUGAUUGUGAAAACCGCCAAAGAUGGAUGCGCGGAGGGUCUCGUUUAUGGUGGAGGAGGGAAAGACGGGAUCUUCAUUAAGGAAGUAGUACCAGAGUCACCAGCCUCAAAAAGUCUAAAACUGAAAGAAGGUGAUCAGAUUCUGAGUGCCACUGUGUAUUUUGACAACAUGUCAUAUGAGGAUGCCAUACAGAUUCUGGAGCACGCCCAGGCAUACAAAUUGAAGCUUUGCUUGAAGCGCAAACCAGAGAUCACAGAGACCGAACCAGCCACUGAAUCUCACACUAUACCUGAAGAAGACCUCUACACUCCAGAGAUGAGAGAGAAAGGAAAAACUAAAAGACGCGGCGAGGCACGCAUUUCGUGGCCCAAGUUUUCAUCCUUAGGGAAAGGGCGAAAAUCACAUUUUAUAAGGUCUCACAGUUCCUCAGAGGCUGAUGAGCAGAGAAAGCUUGAGCUCAGCCCAACAACAAGUGACACAGAGUCACCCAUAAAAACUCAGGAUGCUCUCAAAUACAAGAAAAAGCAUAAAAUAAAGCUCCCUGGUCUGACAAAGAGAGGCCGCAUAAGUUCAUCUGAAGACCAGGACACAGAUGUGCCAACAACUGGCCAGAUCAGUAGCAGCACUCACCAGACACAAGAAUCAGAUAUGCUUUCACCUGAAUGCCUUGAAAGCCCCUCAAGAGAAAUGCCUGAAGUCUAUGUGACAGAGGAUCUGAAAGAACAACACGAGCAAAGCAAUCAAACAGUCACUGAAGCUCCAACUAUUCAACAUAAGAUGGAACUAAUCAGUAUAGAUAGCACUUUGAAAACAGCAGAUUUGACUGUGGCUCUAGCAGAUCAAGAAAGCCCCUCUGGUAUCAAGUCCCCUGAUGGGAAGAAAAAGAAGAAAGAAAGGUCUGAAUUAAAAAUGAAAAUUCUGGGGAAGGAUAAAUCACACAAGAAAGAAGCAAAAGCAAAAUCUUCACCAAAAAGGCUAAAAACACUGGGAGCAAGUUUUGAACUAGUCGAUCACCCUGAAACGGAAAAAUCUGAUCUAAUCCCAAGCUUUGAGUCACACACAAAACCGACAGAAGAACCUGCACUUGAUGCCAAGGUGGAACAUGAUGUAUCUGAUGUUGCAGUUUCACAAAAAUAUCCACAGAUAAGUGAAGCAAACAGACAGAAAGGCAACAAAAUCAAGGACAAACAAGGGCAAACCUUCAAACUGCCUAAAGUUAGUUUGGGUGAGGUUGCUACUGAGGAAAUCAGACAUGAUCCUUAUGAGAAACGGGCAAAAAGCAGUGAUUUCAGAGCCCAACUUCCCAAACGGGAAGACAUUGAGAUACCAGGUAUGGAGGCUGCAUCUAUGAAGACCACUGCAAAAAGAAAGAAAGAACCUAAAGCCAGUUAUACAGGACACAACGGAGACCUUCAAGCUGAAACUGUACAACUGUCAAUUGAUGUUGACAGUGUGAAAGAGGCAGUUUCUAAAUUGCCUGGAUAUAAGCUGCCUAAAGUCGAUACAUCUGGCAUGCCUAUUCCAGAAGAAAUUACUGUGAUAGAUGCAAAUGCUCAAAGAAUAUCAGUGAAAACACCUACCAAAGUUGUAGACACCAAAACAAAGCAUGGAGCAAAUCUUGAAAAGUUUGACGUAACUUCUUAUCCAGAAAUUUCCAAGAGUAGAGUCAAGCCGCCACAAUUCACAACUGGUCAGUUAACCUCAGAGGAUCUUUUAACUGAAAGCAAAGUCGAUUUUAAAAAACCUGAAAAGGAACAUGAAAAGAUGCAAAAACAAAGCAGCAAAGAGAUGAAAACCAUGACCUAUAAGAGAGAAGAUAUUACAAUACCUGGAAAGGAAAGUUCACAGGAAAUAUCUAAUCUUCAGGUACAUGAAGCUGAUAAAACACAAGGCACAGGGAAUAUCAAAUUUGAAUAUGAAUCAGAUAAGAAAUUGAAGAAGGCAAAGAUGACAGUGCCUAGCUUUGGUAUAGCAAAGCCAGACAUAAGAAUCCCUGAUAUUGAAAUUGACUUGCCAAAACAAAUUAUCUCUGAGCAAAAAGGUGAUGCAGCAAAAGGAGAGAAGACUAAAUUCCUCCAAGAAGUUAAGAUGUCAAAAACUGAAAUGAAAAAAGGCAAGGUGCAGACUGAAGGAGUUGUAUGUGAGGUCAUGAUUCCUGAAAUAGAUGGGAUCGAAUACAUUGACUCAGUAGAUAGUUCACCAGCCAAAAAGGAUGAUGGCAUUAGGCAUAUAGGUGUUGGUGAAAAACCAAAUGCUGAUAUUUCCCUUCAAGAAAUCAGAAGUGAAGUAGAAAAAGCUGAAACUGAAGACCAAACAGUUAAACUGCUUCAAUUUGGAGCUACCACUCCAGAGAUCAGUGUAAAUGUGCCCGAUGGAGACAAGGCUAUACGUACUGAUGGAGCUGAGACAAAAACUCUUGAAAGAGAAGGAAAAGGUAGCAAGUUUAAAAUGCCAAAUCUUGGUAUCUCCAUGCCAAAGGUGAAAGGACCAAAAACCGAUUCAAGCCCAUCAAAAAAAAAUUUAACUGUGACACUGCCAGUGGCUAAAGCUGAGGUCCAACUUCCAGAAGCUGCUGAGACUGAUGUUACACUUGGAAGUGUAGAUAUUUAUAUUCCAAUGGAGACAGAAAAACACCCUGAGACUGAGACUGAAGGUGAAUUUGACAGACAAGGAGGCAAGUUCAAGAUGCCAAAGUUAGGAAUUGCAAUGCCAAAAGUAAAAGGGCCUGAAGUUGACUUCAGCUUAUCCCAGAAAAAUGAAGAUGUGAAACUAGCAGAAGCCAAGAUGAAAACCAAGCCCUCUUAUGUUGAACUAAAGGAAUCCUCUGUUAAUGUGGAAAUUAGAGCUCCUGAAAUUAAAGUUGUAGAAAAAGAUGCAGAAGAAACACAAUCAAAAUUUAAGAUGCCCACUUUCAAGAUACCUAGAUUUGGAUCUACUAUGCCAAACACCACUGCUGAAUUAUAUGAUAAAAAUUUAAAAGACACUGAAAUUUCUGACACACAGCUAAAAUCAACAGAAGGUGUUACAGUUGACAUUCCAACACCAAACUCUGAUAUUGUGGGUUCAUCUUUUGAUGUGAAAACAACAGCAGCUGAAAAAUAUGUAGAUGUCACACCACAGACUGAAAUUGAGACUAAACUCACAGAUGCUCAUAAAAUAGAUGUAAGUUUGGGGAAAGCUGAAGUUUUGAUUCCACAGGAAAAGAUCGAAGGUGAAAUCAAAGUACAUGGAAGCACGUUCAAAUUGCCAAAAUUUGGGAUAACAAUGCCAAAAGUAAAAGGACCCGAAUUUAAUCUCGGUCUUUCAAAGAAAGAUUCGAAUAUCACAACAGCUAAAGCUGAGGCUGAAAUCCAAGGAACUCCUAAAAUUGCUGUAGAUAUGAAAUCGCCAGAGUGUGAAGCUAAAAUUGAUGGGCAAGGAACCAAGUUCAAAAUGCCAAUGUUUGGAAUCACAAUACCAAAGGUAAAAGGACCUGACAUUGAUUUAAAGUUCUCAAAGAAAGACGUAGAUGUUAAAUUUCCAGAAGCCAAAGCUGAGAUCCAACUCCCUGAUGUUGAACCUGAAAAACCUAGUGCUAAAGUGGAAAUUGAAGCUCCUGAGAUUAAAGGUGUGACCAAGGACACAGGGAGCUCACCAACAAAGUUUACAAUGCCAACAUUCAAACUGCCUAAAUUUGGACUUGGCACCACAAGUGUCACAGCAGAAGGACCGGAUAUGGACAAAGGUGUCAAAAUAGAAGGAGCUGACAUCAGUAUACCUGAAAAGGUCCUUGAAGUUAACAUUGAAGCACCGAGCAUUGAAUUGAACGACCCUUCAGUUUCCAUUAAAACUACAGGAGUUGAACAUGAAGGAAAAGGAAGUAAGUUCAAAUUGCCUAGUCUUGGAAUUUCUGUUGCUCAAACCAAAGGGCCCGACAUUGAUUUAAGGUUAUCAAAGAAGGAUGUAGAUGUUACACUUCCAAAAGCCAAAGCUGAAGUCAAACUCCCUGAUGCUGAACUUAAAAAACCUAGUGCUGAAGUGGAAAUUGAAGCUCCUGAGAUCAAAGUUGAGAUAAAGGACAAGAAAGGAUCACCAUCAAAAUUUAUAAUGCCGACAUUCAAAUUGCCUAAGUUUGGAUUUGGUACCACAAGUGCCUCAACAGAAGUACCAGAUAUGGACAAAGGCAUUAAAAUAGAAGGAGCUGACAUCAGUAUACCUGAACAGGUCCUUGAAGGUAACACUGAAGCACCGAGCAUUGAAUUGAAAGAGCCUACCAUCACCCUGAAAACUACAGGAGCUGAACAUGAAGGAAAAGGAAGUAAGUUCAAAUUACCUAGUCUUGGAAUUUCUGUCCCUCAAACCAAAGGACCUGACGUUGAUCUAAGUUUAUCAAAGAAAGAUGUAGAUGUUACACUUCCAAAAGCCAAAGCUGAAGUCAAACUCCCUGAUGUUGAACUUGAAAAACCAAGUGCUGAAGUGGAAAUUGAAGCUCCUGAGAUCAAAGUUGAGAUAAAGGACAAGAAAGGAUCACCAUCAAAGUAUAAGAUGCCGACAUUCAAAUUACCAAAAUUUGGAAUCGGUUCCACAAGUGUCACAGCAGAAGUACCAGAUAUGGCAAAAGGUUUCAAAAUAGAAGGAGCUGACAUCAGUAUACCUGAAGAGGUCCUUGAAGUUAACAUUGAAGCACCGAGCAUUGAAUUGAAAGAGCCUUCAGUCUCCUUGAAAACUACAGGAGUUGAACAUGAAGGAAAAGGAAGUAAGUUCAAAUUACUUAGUCUUGGAAUUUCUGUCCCUCAAACCAAGGCGCCUGACAUUGAUCUGAGUUUAUCAAAGAAAGAUGUAGAUGUUACACUUCCAAAAGCCAAAGCUGAAGUCAAACUCCCUGAUGUUGAACUUGAAAAACCUAGUGCUGAAGUGGAAAUUGAAGCUCCUGAGAUCAAAGUUGUGACAAAGGACAAAAAAGGAUCACCAUCAAAAUUUACGAUGCCGACAUUCAGAUUACCAAAAUUUGGAAUCGGUUCCACAAGUGUCACAGCAGAAGUACCAGAUAUGGACAAAGGUGUCAAAAUAGAAGGAGCUGACAUCAGUAUACCUGAAGAGGUCUUUGAAGUUAACAUUGAAGCACCGAGCAUUGAAUUAAAAGAACCUUCAGUCUCCUUGAAAACUACAGGAGUUGAACAUGAAGGAAAGGGUAGUAAGUUCAAAUUACCUAGUCUUGGAAUUUCUGUCCCUCAAACCAAAGGACCUGACGUUGAUCUAAGCUCAUCAAAGAAAGAUGUAGAUGUUACACUUCCAAAAGCCAAAGCUGAAGUCAAACUCCCUGAUGUUGAACUUGAAAAACCUAGUGCUGAAGUGGAAAUUGAAGCUCCUGAGAUCAAAGUUGAGAUAAAGGACAAGAAAGGAUCACCAUCAAAGUAUAAGAUGCCGACAUUCAAAUUACCAAAAUUUGGAAUUGGUUCCACAAGUGUCACAACAGAAGUACCAGAUAUGGACAAAGGUGUCAAAAUAGAAGGAGCUGACAUCAGUAUACCUGAAGAGGUCCUUGAAGUUAUCAUUGAAGCACCGAGCAUUGAAUUGAAAGAACCUUCAGUCUCCCUGAAAACUACAGGAGUUGAACAUGAAGGAAAGGGUAGUAAAUUCAAAUUACCUAGUCUUGGAAUUUCUGUCCCUCAAACCAAAGGGCCCGACAUUGAUCUGAGUUUAUCAAAGAAAGAUGUAGAUGUUACACUUCCAAAAGCCAAAGCUGAAGUCAAACUCCCUGAUGUUGAACUUGAAAAACCUAGUGCUGAAGUGGAAAUUGAAGCUCCUGAGAUCAAAGUUGUGACAAAGGACAAGAAAGGAUCACCAUCAAAAUUUACAAUGCCGACAUUCAAAUUACCAAAAUUUGGAAUCGGUUCCACAAGUGUCACAGCAGAAGUACCAGAUAUGGACAAAGGCGUCAAAAUAGAAGGAGCUGACAUCAGUAUACCUGAACAGGCCCUUGAAGUUAACAUUGAAGCACCAAGCAUUGAAUUAAAAGAACCUUCAGUCUCCCUGAAAACUACAGGAGUUGAACAUGAAGGAAAGGGUAGUAAGUUCAAAUUACCUAGUCUUGGAAUUUCUGUCCCUCAAACCAAAGGGCCCGACAUUGAUCUAAGUUUAUCAAAGAAAGAUGUAGAUGUUACACUUCCAAAAGCCAAAGCUGAAGUCAAACUCCCUGAUGUUGAACUUGAAAAACCUAGUGCUGAAGUGGAAAUUGAAGCUCCUGAGAUCAAAGUUGUGACAAAGGACAAGAAAGGAUCACCAUCAAAAUUUACGAUGCCGACAUUCAAAUUACCAAAAUUUGGAAUCGGUUCCACAAGUGUCACAGCAGAAGUACCAGAUAUGGACAAAGGCAUCAAAAUAGAAGGAGCUGACAUCAGUAUACCUGAACAGGCCCUUGAAGUUAACAUUGAAGCACCGAGCAUUGAAUUAAAAGAACCUUCAGUCUCCCUGAAAACUACAGGAGCUGGACAUGAAGGAAAGGGUAGCAAGUUCAAAUUACCUAGUCUUGGAAUUUCUGUCUCUCAAACCAAAGGGCCCGACAUUGAUCUAAGUUUAUCAAAGAAAGAUGUAGAUGUUACACUUCCAAAAGCCAAAGCUGAAGUCAAACUCCCUGAUGUUGAACAUGAAAAACCUAGUGCUGAAGUGGAAAUUGAAGCUCCUGAGAUCAAAGUUGUGACAAAGGACAAGAAAGGAUCACCAUCAAAAUUUACGAUGCCGACAUUCAAAUUACCAAAAUUUGGAAUCGGUUCCACAAGUGCCACAGCAGAAGUACCAGAUAUGGACAAAGGCAUCAAAAUAGAAGGAGCUGACAUCAGUAUACCUGAACAGGCCCUUGAAGUUAACAUUGAAGCACCGAGCAUUGAAUUAAAAGAACCUUCAGUCUCCCUGAAAACUACAGGAGUUGAACAUGAAGGAAAGGGUAGUAAGUUCAAAUUACCUAGUCUUGGAAUUUCUGUCCCUCAAACCAAAGGGCCCGACAUUGAUCUAAGUUUAUCAAAGAAAGAUGUAGAUGUUACACUUCCAAAAGCCAAAGCUGAAGUCAAACUCCCUGAUGUUGAACUUGAAAAACCUAGUGCUGAAGUGGAAAUUGAAGCUCCUGAGAUCAAAGUUGUGACAAAGGACAAGAAAGGAUCACCAUCAAAAUUUACGAUGCCGACAUUCAAAUUACCAAAAUUUGGAAUCGGUUCCACAAGUGCCACAGCAGAAGUACCAGAUAUGGACAAAGGCAUCAAAAUAGAAGGAGCUGACAUCAGUAUACCUGAACAGGCCCUUGAAGUUAACAUUGAAGCACCGAGCAUUGAAUUAAAAGAACCUUCAGUCUCCCUGAAAACUACAGGAGUUGAACAUGAAGGAAAGGGUAGUAAGUUCAAAUUACCUAGUCUUGGAAUUUCUGUCCCUCAAACCAAAGGGCCCGACAUUGAUCUAAGUUUAUCAAAGAAAGAUGUAGAUGUUACACUUCCAAAAGCCAAAGCUGAAGUCAAACUCCCUGAUGUUGAACUUGAAAAACCUAGUGCUGAAGUGGAAACUGAAGCUCCUGAGAUCAAAGUUGUGACAAAGGACAAAAAAGGAUCACCAUCAAAAUUUACGAUGCCGACAUUCAGAUUACCAAAAUUUGGAAUCGGUUCCACAAGUGUCACAGCAGAAGUACCAGAUAUGGACAAAGGUGUCAAAAUAGAAGGAGCUGACAUCAGUAUACCUGAACAGGCCCUUGAAGUUAACAUUGAAGCACCGAGCAUUGAAUUAAAAGAACCUUCAGUCUCCCUGAAAACUACAGGAGUUGAACAUGAAGGAAAGGGUAGUAAGUUCAAAUUACCUAGUCUUGGAAUUUCUGUCCCUCAAACCAAAGGACCUGACAUUGAUCUAAGCUCAUCAAAGAAAGAUGUAGAUGUUACACUUCCAAAAGCCAAAGCUGAAGUCAAACUCCCUGAUGUUGAACUUGAAAAACCUAGUGCUGAAGUGGAAAUUGAAGCUCCUGAGAUCAAAGUUGAGAUAAAGGACAAGAAAGGAUCACCAUCAAAGUAUAAGAUGCCGACAUUCAAAUUACCAAAAUUUGGAAUUGGUUCCACAAGUGUCACAACAGAAGUACCAGAUAUGGACAAAGGUGUCAAAAUAGAAGGAGCUGACAUCAGUAUACCUGAAGAGGUCCUUGAAGUUAACAUUGAAGCACCGAGCAUUGAAUUAAAAGAACCUUCAGUCUCCCUGAAAACUACAGGAGUUGAACAUGAAGGAAAGGGUAGUAAGUUCAAAUUACCUAGUCUUGGAAUUUCUGUCGCUCAAACCAAAGGGCCCGACAUUGAUCUUAGUUUAUCAAAGAAAGAUGUAGAUGUUACACUUCCAAAAGCCAAAGCUGAAGUCAAACUCCCUGAUGUUGAACUUGAAAAACCUAGUGCUGAAGUGGAAAUUGAAGCUCCUGAGAUCAAAGUUGUGACAAAGGACAAGAAAGGAUCACCAUCAAAAUUUAAGAUGCCGACAUUCAAAUUACCAAAAUUUGGAAUCGGUUCCACAAGUGUCACAGCAGAAGUACCAGAUAUGGACAAAGGCAUCAAAAUAGAAGGAGCUGACAUCAGUAUACCUGAACAGGCCCUUGAAGUUAACAUUGAAGCACCGAGCAUUGAAUUAAAAGAACCUUCAGUCUCCCUGAAAACUACAGGAGCUGGACAUGAAGGAAAGGGUAGCAAGUUCAAAUUACCUAGUCUUGGAAUUUCUGUCUCUCAAACCAAAGGGCCCGACAUUGAUCUAAGUUUAUCAAAGAAAGAUGUAGAUGUUACACUUCCAAAAGCCAAAGGUGACGUCAAACUCCCUGAUGUUGAACAUGAAAAACCUAGUGCUGAAGUGGAAAUUGAAGCUCCUGAGAUCAAAGUUGUGACAAAGGACAAGAAAGGAUCACCAUCAAAAUUUACGAUGCCGACAUUCAAAUUACCAAAAUUUGGAAUCGGUUCCACAAGUGCCACAGCAGAAGUACCAGAUAUGGACAAAGGCAUCAAAAUAGAAGGAGCUGACAUCAGUAUACCUGAACAGGCCCUUGAAGUUAACAUUGAAGCACCGAGCAUUGAAUUAAAAGAACCUUCAGUCUCCCUGAAAACUACAGGAGUUGAACAUGAAGGAAAGGGUAGUAAGUUCAAAUUACCUAGUCUUGGAAUUUCUGUCGCUCAAACCAAAGGGCCCGACAUUGAUCUAAGUUUAUCAAAGAAAGAUGUAGAUGUUACACUUCCAAAAGCCAAAGCUGAAGUCAAACUCCCUGAUGUUGAACUUGAAAAACCUAGUGCUGAAGUGGAAACUGAAGCUCCUGAGAUCAAAGUUGUGACAAAGGACAAGAAAGGAUCACCAUCAAAAUUUACGAUGCCGACAUUCAGAUUACCAAAAUUUGGAAUCGGUUCCACAAGUGUCACAGCAGAAGUACCAGAUAUGGACAAAGGUGUCAAAAUAGAAGGAGCUGACAUCAGUAUACCUGAACAGGCCCUUGAAGUUAACAUUGAAGCACCGAGCAUUGAAUUAAAAGAACCUUCAGUCUCCCUGAAAACUACAGGAGUUGAACAUGAAGGAAAGGGUAGUAAGUUCAAAUUACCUAGUCUUGGAAUUUCUGUCCCUCAAACCAAAGGACCUGACAUUGAUCUAAGCUCAUCAAAGAAAGAUGUAGAUGUUACACUUCCAAAAGCCAAAGCUGAAGUCAAACUCCCUGAUGUUGAACUUGAAAAACCUAGUGCUGAAGUGGAAAUUGAAGCUCCUGAGAUCAAAGUUGAGAUAAAGGACAAGAAAGGAUCACCAUCAAAGUAUAAGAUGCCGACAUUCAAAUUACCAAAAUUUGGAAUUGGUUCCACAAGUGUCACAACAGAAGUACCAGAUAUGGACAAAGGUGUCAAAAUAGAAGGAGCUGACAUCAGUAUACCUGAAGAGGUCCUUGAAGUUAACAUUGAAGCACCGAGCAUUGAAUUAAAAGAACCUUCAGUCUCCCUGAAAACUACAGGAGUUGAACAUGAAGGAAAGGGUAGUAAGUUCAAAUUACCUAGUCUUGGAAUUUCUGUCGCUCAAACCAAAGGGCCCGACAUUGAUCUUAGUUUAUCAAAGAAAGAUGUAGAUGUUACACUUCCAAAAGCCAAAGCUGAAGUCAAACUCCCUGAUGUUGAACUUGAAAAACCUAGUGCUGAAGUGGAAAUUGAAGCUCCUGAGAUCAAAGUUGUGACAAAGGACAAGAAAGGAUCACCAUCAAAAUUUACGAUGCCGACAUUCAAAUUACCAAAAUUUGGAAUCGGUUCCACAAGUGUCACAGCAGAAGUACCAGAUAUGGACAAAGGCAUCAAAAUAGAAGGAGCUGACAUCAGUAUACCUGAACAGGCCCUUGAAGUUAACAUUGAAGCACCGAGCAUUGAAUUAAAAGAACCUUCAGUCUCCCUGAAAACUACAGGAGUUGAACAUGAAGGAAAAGGAAGUAAGUUCAAAUUACCUAGUCUUGGAAUUUCUGUCCCUCAAACCAAAGGACCUGACGUUGAUCUAAGCUCAUCAAAGAAAGAUGUAGAUGUUACACUUCCAAAAGCCAAAGCUGAAGUCAAACUCCCUGAUGUUGAACUUGAAAAACCUAGUGCUGAAGUGGAAAUUGAAGCUCCUGAGAUCAAAGUUGUGACAAAGGACAAGAAAGGAUCACCAUCAAAAUUUACGAUGCCGACAUUCAGAUUACCAAAAUUUGGAAUCGGUUCCACAAGUGUCACAGCAGAAGUACCAGAUAUGGACAAAGGUGUCAAAAUAGAAGGAGCUGACAUCAGUAUACCUGAACAGGCCCUUGAAGUUAACAUUGAAGCACCGAGCAUUGAAUUAAAAGAACCUUCAGUCUCCCUGAAAACUACAGGAGUUGAACAUGAAAGAAAGGGUAGUAAAUUCAAAUUACCUAGUCUUGGAAUUUCUGUCCCUCAAACCAAAGGACCUGACAUUGAUCUAAGCUCAUCAAAGAAAGAUGUAGAUGUUACACUUCCAAAAGCCAAAGCUGAAGUCAAACUCCCUGAUGUUGAACUUGAAAAACCUUCUGCUGAAGUGGAAACUGAAGCUCCUGAGAUCAAAGUUGAGAUAAAGGACAAGAAAGGAUCACCAUCAAAAUUCAAGAUGCCAACAUUCAAAUUACCAAAAUUUGGGAUUAGUACCACAAGUGUUGCAGCAGAAGUACCGGAUAUGGACAAAGGUAUCAAAAUAGAAGGAGCUGACAUCAGUAUACCUGAACAGGUCCUUGAAGUUAACAUUGAAGCACAGAGCAUUGAAUUAAAAGAACCUUCAGUCUCCCUGAAAACUACAGGAGUUGAACAUGAAAGAAAGGGUAGUAAGUUCAAAUUACCUAGUCUUGGAAUUUCUGUCCCUCAAACCAAAGGGCCUGACAUUGAUCUAAAUUUAUCAAAGAAAGAUGUAGAUGUUACACUUCCAAAAGCCAAAGCUGAAGUCAAACUCCCUGAUGCUGAACUUGGAAAACCUUUUGCUGAAGUGGAAACAGAAAUUGAAAUUCACGAAGGUAAUAUUGAUGUCUCACAAGCAAAACUUAAAAUGCCAACCAUGACGUCACAUAAAUUUGCUGCUUCUACUUCGAAGGUCAGUGUCAAAGUAACUGAUGUGGACAAAGAGAUUAAAACUGAUGCAGAACCCAGCAUUCACCCUGAAGGUGUAACUGUAGAGGUGAAAGCUAAAGGAGGUGAACUUGAGAUAUCUGGAAGCAAGUUUAAAAUGCCAAAUCUGGGCAUUGCAAUGCCCAACGUUAAAGGUCCUGAAACAGAUUUAAGUUUAUCAAAGAAAGAUGUUGAUGUUUCAUUACCAGAAACUACAGCUGAAGUCAAACUACCCCAUAUUGAAGGCAAAGAAACUGAGGAUGGUAUUUCAGUACCAGAAGCACCUACAACUGAGGUUGAACUCAAGUCAAAAAGACCAAGUUGGAUAUUUCCAAAACUUUCCUUUUCAAGGACAGCUGAUAACGACCCAGAUGUUGAUGUCCACAUCGAAACACCCAAAGCUGAUAUUAUAUCAACCAAAGCAGAAGUCUCUCUAUCAGAUGCUGAAAUCAAAGGACCUUCAAUGGAACAGCCUCCUGCUGCAGAACUUGAUACAAACUUGAAAAAAAGAAAAUUUUCACUUCCCAGAUUUUCUUUUUCUAAGUCAAAUAUUAAAGAACCCGAGUUAAGUGAUGAGCUUCCACAUGCUCAAGUUUCUGUUCCAGAGAGAGAAAUAAAAGUUAAACACCCUGGAAUGGAAAUGAAAGCUCCUGAGCAAGAAGCUGAACAAGGAAGCACAUUUAAAUUUCCAAAGUUUGGCAUUGUACAAACAAAAGCAAAAGGACCUGAAAUUGAUUUUAAUGCAUCAAAAAACAAUGUAGAUACCAAACUCCUAGAAAUAAAAGCAGAGGUCAAAAUCUCUGAAGAUGAAAUCAAACAAUGUUCAUCUGAGACUGAAGCAAAGUCAAAAGAUGCUGGAGGAUCACCCUUAAAAAUAAAAAUUCCACCACUGAAAAUGCCAAAAUUUAGCAGUGCUUCCUAUGAUGUUACCACAGAAGCACCUGAGGCAGUAAAAGUAAUUGACACUGAUGGAUCUAAACUUAAGGAGGAUGUUUCUGCCAGCGAGAAAGACUUGAGUGUUAAUGUUAAAAUGGAUGAUUUCAAAGGAACAAUAUCAGAUUCUGAAACACCAAAGACAGACCCUGAUUGUGAGGGUCACGGAUCGCCAAGUAAAUUCAAACUACCAUCCUUUAAAAUGCCCAAGCUAAGCUUCUCAAAGCCAAAACCUGAAGAGGAAAUUCUUCCUGCUGACACAGAAGAUAAAGAAGAUCAACUGGAAUUGGAAGAUGAACCAAAAGGAGAAGGUAAAUCACCACAAAAGAUUUUAACAUCAUUUGGUGAGAUCCUAAAGACUAUUGAUGUUGAAUUUGAUGUUCCAAAAGCUGACAAAGUUGAAGGAAAUCUUGUAGUUCAAGUUCAAGAAAUAGAUGAACCAACUGGAAAGAAAUUAGAAGCAAAGGCAAAAGAAACAAUUACCAUGCAAGAUACAUCCAAGAGUCCCGAAAGGACGGGUUGGUUUAAAUUUCCCAGGUUUGGACUGUCUUCCCCUUCAGAACCACCUAAUGUUCUCGAAAAAGAUGAACAAAAGGAUAAAAAGAGCCCGGCUGGGGGAACAGAGGAUGAGGAAAUAAGCCCUACCUGUUCAGUCCAAUCAUCAGAUGCCUUUGCUGAUAUCAGUUCUACAAUCACAAGUGAGUAUGUGGACCCAUCCAUUUCUCCCCCAACAACGGUAACUGUCAAAUAUUCUGAUCCAAAUGUUGCUACCGGGCUCGGAGAGACACACAGUAACAUUAUUACUUCCACCACAAGGACUGAACUGAUCUCAGUUGAGCCAAACUUGGCAGAGAAAAUUACCAUUCUGUCGUCUGGAAUUUCAUCUUCAUCGGAAGACACGAUCAGAUUGGACUCUGGGAAAAUACACGUCAUUACAACAAAUAUACAAGCAACUCCAGAAGCACAGCAUGCCAAGUUGCUAACUGAUAUUGAAGGUGAAUUAGCUGGAGGCUUUCCUUUAAAAUCAGAGGCUGAUGAAACUGCAUCAUGGACUGUGGAAGACUCAAAAAGUGGCAACAGAACAGUGUUUGAGAGGCACAUAGUAAAGAAAACUUCGAGUGAAAGAAGUGAAAGCAGAGAAACAAUUGUUAUAACCAAACAAAUUACACAUGUACUUGACUCUUCUGAGCCCAUCUCAGGUGAGACGGCUUCAUCCAUACAGCGGCUGAGAGAUUCUGUGCACUCUGAGAAAAUGAGGUUCUUUGACGACGCCGAGAAGUGAAAUAACUGGAAAUAAUUCACGUGUAAAGAUGCCAUUCUUCUUUGCCCAAACCUGAUUGCCAAGUGGCUGGUAGGCUCUGAGUUUCACUGGACAUUACAGAAAAGAGGGAGAAAACAUUCUGGCAAACGGGAAAGGUUUUUAGCAGGUUUAUCUUACCAAUCACACAUAAUUUGUCAAUGUUCAGGCGUUACAACAUGAUGAUCAUGAUGAUGAUGUAUUGUGCUACGUUUUGCUGACCUAUAAAAAUAUGCAUUCAUGUAAUUCACACUGACAAUCUGUUGAAGUUACUAACAAUCUGUGUAAAUGUGCCCUUAUUUCACAUUAUGGCAGGGUUUCACCAAAUAUCCUUGCUUAAGGUGCAGAACAUUUUACUUUUGCUUACCAAAUUCUCUGCAUCUCUGUCAUUUUGCAGUUUUUAAUGUACAAUAUUGACUAAUUUACUUGUGUGUGUACUUUGCAAAAUGAUAAUCACCAGUGCAUUCAAGUGAAAUUUCCUACUGUUUGAGACUGUUGCAAAAAAUCUAUUUAUGUUACUGACAUUCCAAAAUGUGUUUACAGUAAUUUCACUGUAAUGCUUACAGUAUAGAAAAGCUACAAUCGAGUAAUGCAGUUAUGCUAGAAUAAUAAAUAUGUAUGUGUACCACCAAGAUACUGUUGUUGCCGUAGCUAAAAUGUAAAGAGACAGUAGCAAUGUGAAGCUGAAAUGAAAUGCUUAUGAUCAAACACAGCAAAUCUGCUGCUACAGCUAUAUUUUUUAUUAAUACUUUGCUACUUAGAACCUAAUUUGCUAUAAUAGAAAUCUGUCUAGAGAAUGUCUUCUUUCAAUACCUCUGUACAAAGUGGGACUACAGAACGGGCUGUACAAAUAGCUUUUAAUGUAUAAAUAGCUUUUAAUGACCUCCUUUGAAAUUUUAUUGGACUACUGCUCCUGUUUGUAUUCUGAUAGGCUUUAACUCAACUUGUCUGCAAAGUUAUAGACAAUAAAUAAAUAAAUACUAUU